AUCUGCAGCUUAUUGUUUGUUUCCUGAAAUGUUUGGACACAUUCAUCGGCUAAAGUCUAUAUAAGGGAACACUCUUCUUCCAGAUUUUCACAAGUUGCUCAAAUAUUGAGUGGAUUACUCUAAAUUAGAAAUUUUCAAUGGGAUUGUCGCUUUUCUUUGUUCUUCUAGCCCUUCCUAGCUUCAUCCUCUUCUUUCUCCAAAAACAUAGAAACAAAAAUGCUGCCAAGUUUCUUCAUCCCCCUGGCCCGUCUGGUCUUCCCUUGAUCGGCAACUUACUCCAGCUUAAUAGCUCAGCGGCUACUCAUAUUUAUCUUUGGGAGCUCUCUCAAAAAUAUGGUCCUUUAAUGUCCUUGCAACUUGGUCAUAGACAAACUCUAGUAAUUUCUUCGGCAAACAUGGCCAAAGAGAUCAUGAAAACCCAUGACCUCGAUUUUUGUAGCAGGCCUACUUUAUGUGGCCAGCAAAAGUUAUCUUAUAAUGGCUUAGAUUUGGGUUUUUCACCUUAUAAUUCUUAUUGGAGAGAGAUUAGGAAAAUAUGCGUCGUCCAUCUCUUUAACCCUAACAGAGUGUUACUUCAUCGUCCCAUUCGAGAAGAUGAAGUUGCUCAAAUGAUCGAAAAGGUAUCCAAAGCAUCAGUCGGUUCGAAACCAAUCAAUUUGAGUGAGGCAUUGAUGUGUCUUACAAGUAGAAUAAUUUAUAGAGUAAGUUUCGGCAAGAGAUAUGAAGAAGAAGGAACUGAAAGAAGUAGAUUCGAUGCGUUGCUUAAGGAAACUCAGGCCAUGGUUGGGAGCUUCUUCUUUUCUGAUUAUAUCCCUUUCAUGGGUUGGGUCGAUAGACUCUCCGGUUUACUUGGUCGUCUAGAAAAAAAUUUCAAAGACUUUGAUACCUUUUAUCAAGAACUCAUUGAUGAACAUCUUGAUCCAAAUCGGCCAAAACCCGAGCAAGAGGAUUUUCUUGAUGUUCUACUACAAAUAUGGAAGGAUCGUGUGUUUCAAGUUGAUCUCACUUUCGAUCACAUAAAAGCUGUGCUGAUGAAUGUAUUUGUUGGUGGGACCGACACCAGUGCUGCAACCGUGAUUUGGGCAAUGACCUUCCUAAUGAAGAAUCCUAGGUCUAUGAAAAAAGUUCAAGAGGAAAUCAGAAAUCUCAAUGGAAACAAAGGUUUCGUAGAUGAAGAUGAUAUUCAAGGUUUGCCAUAUCUUAAAGCUGUGAUAAAAGAAACAUUCAGAUUGCAACCAACGGCUCCAUUAUUAGUGCCACGAGAAACAAUUAGGAAGUGCAAUAUAGCCGGGUAUGAAAUACCUGCCAAAACACUAGUUUUCGUGAAUGCAUGGGCAGUAGGAAGAGAUCCUGAAGCUUGGGAAAACCCUGGAGAGUUCUAUCCUGAGAGAUUCAUUGGCAGCUCCAUCGACUUCAAGGGACAUGACUUUGGGCUCAUACCAUUUGGUGCUGGAAGAAGGGGCUGUCCUGGAAUACAUAUGGGAGUUGCAACUGUAGAGCUAGCCCUUGCCAAUCUGCUUUGCAAAUUUGAUUGGGAAAUGCCGGUUGGGACGGACAAGGAUGACUUAGACUUUGAUGUGAUACCUGGUCUUGCUAUGCACAAAAAAAAUGCUCUUUUCCUUGUAGCUAGGAAGUUUAAUGUUUGAUUCGAUCCAUGUAAGGUUAAAUUAGUUUGCUGCUUGCUAUGGUUUGGAGUGUUUCAAUUACAUUUUGUGUUUUGAGUGUAUUUUAUGAUAAAAUCAAUGUCCACAUGUGUUGGUUAUGAAGAGUUAUGGUCUCAUAGACUUGAUUUUGUGGAA